AGCCGAGUUCAAUCUCUGCCGUUGCUCCUUCCCUCGGCUCGGCUGCCUUCCUCCUCCCAGUCCUCCUUCAAACUGUUGACGGCUAUUUACGAGAAUGCCAUCCCUGCUGAGGGUUCCCGAGGCAGGCAAGCCAAGAUUGCAUCCCUGUAUCCUCUUAUCUACGGCUCUGCCAUCACGCUCUCACACUGACAGAGUGACUGAUUCCCCUCUCUCUCUCUCUCACUGUCUGACACAUUCACCCACGCCCACACAUUGUUUUCCCUCGGCGUUUUUCUGGCUUCUGCUGCCAUGAGUGGAGCUCGGGCAUUGCAGUGGAGGUAGCUCAAGGACGGCUCUGGUCGGAUCUUUGGAGCAUGGGAGCAAUGGCUUUGCUCCCAAGGCUGCAGUUGUGGCCGUUACUUGUAUGGAAAAUGGAGGGCUUUAGGUCAAGGGAAAUGUCAUUUUCUGCAUUGAUGGUUAAGCAGCACCUGAUGAUUGGCUUGGGGCAACUCAGUAGCUUGAUGUAAUGGCUGCUUCCAAUUGAUUUCCAAUUAACUUAUCGAGAAACAGCAGUAGGUUGAAUCAACAGCAUUUGCAAGGAUGACUGAGGCUUCGCGGCAUUCGGUUGACAUUCCUCUUUCUAAAACUCUAGUGGCUCUAAAGAGAGUAAGGUCCCUGAGGGAUCCGUCGACCAACUCCCUCAGCAAAUUCACUGCAGUAAUAGAAAACUUGAACCUGGUGGCCAAUUCUUCAAAUGCUGCUCGUUCGGAGAAGAAUAACAAUAAACACAAGUCUAUUAAGACGAAGAAUUGUUGUUUGGGAGAUGAAAAUGAUGAUAUUAUUAGCAUCUCUGGUUCAAAUUUUAGCUCUACCAUACCUUUUCCUGAAAAACCAUAUGCAGUGAAAAUUCGAGGAUCCAAAUCACCGAUGGUCAAAUUGACUCAAAAGAAAUACAGAAAUCAUGCACGUAAAACAUUGGAUCGGAGAAGAGUUCAGCAUUCCAUAACCCAUGUAGAAGAGGAAGUGAAUUCCUAUAGAGAGCGAGUAUUUGACUUGGCUGACAGGAAUACUGCAACAGUGAAGAAAUCUCUUUAUAAAAAUUUGGGGAAACAACCUUCUCUGGUGAGUUUGGCUGGAAGUCCAUGUCUGUCAGCAAAUGAAGCUCAUACUACUCGGUCAAGACAAUGCACCAUAGGCAGUGCAACUGUGGGAUCACAGUCCAAAUCCAACGAUGUCAUUGAUUCACAUUUUAGUGGAUGCGGAAUCAGCUACUGUUGGUCAGGAACACCAAAGUACACGGGUCGGAAUUUUUAUUCGGAUGAUGAAGAACAGGAAAUGCCUUUACUAUCUGCUGAGCAGACUGAUACAGUUUGUAUGAAUAUUACAUCAUACCCACAAAAUCCAAGAAGUCUAAGCCAGAAAUAUAGGCCGAAGUCCUUCAGUGAGUUGGUUGGACAGAAUGUAGUAUCAGAGUCUCUUUUGCAUGCCAUUACCAAAAGAAAGAUUGCUCCACUGUAUCUUUUUCAUGGUCCUCAGGGUAAUGGUAAGUCAUCAACUGCAAGGAUUUUCGCAGCUGCUUUAAAUUGUGUAUCUGAGGAUGAAGAUAGGCCAUGUGGGUUUUGCCAAGAAUGUGUAUUCCUAUUCUCUGGAAGAAGUAGAAAUGUCAAAGAGCUUGAUGCUUCUAAAAUAAAUCACAAAGAGAGGUUUAAGUCCCUUUUCAAGAGUGCAUGUACAUCUCGUUAUGAGGUUUUCAUAAUAGAUGAGUGCCAAUCCUUGAGAGAGGAAGCAUGGGCAGCAAUUUCUAAAUGCCUUGAUGAGAAACUUGGACAUGCACUAUGUAUUUUGAUUUCUUCCGACAUUGAUGCAUGGCCUCGCAGUUACCUAUCAAAGUGUCAAAGAUACUAUUUCCCAAAGAUAAAGGAAGCUGAUAUAGUUUACAGAUUGGAAAAAAUAAGCAUAGAAGAGGAAUUGCAAUUUGACAUGGAUGCUUUAGGCUUCAUCGCUACAAAAUCAAAUGGCUCUCUUCGAGAUGCAGAAACAUUGCUCGAUCAGCUUGCAUUACUUGGAAAGAGAAUAACUUUAUCUUUGGUGAAUGAGCUUAUAGGAGUUGUUUCUGAUGAUGAGUUGCUCAGUUUGCUUGAUUUGGCUUUAUCUUCUGACACUGCUAAUACAGUUAGAAGAGCUAGGGACCUCAUGAUGACAAGGAUUGACCCUUUGCAGUUAGUAUCACAACUUGCUAAUGUUAUUAUGGACAUUCUUGCUGGAAGAUGUGGAUUUUCUGAAAUAGGUAGAAGCUUUACACAGAGACAUUCUGCAUCUGACAUUGGCAUGCAAAAACUUAGAGGCGCCUUAAAAGUUCUUUCUGACACCGAGAAGCAGUUGAGGUCAUCAAAGAAUCAAGCGACAUGGCUCACUGUUGCCCUUUUACAGUUAAGCACGUUAGAAUCUUCUCCUUUUGCCGAAGUCAACAGCUCCCGUCCUUCCUUAGAAAUGCCUUAUUUGAGAGAUGAUGCUAAAUUAAGCACGACCAAUGCGUGGGAUGGUAAGAACUCCGUAUGCUAUUCUCUUAACCAGAACAAACCAGUAUGUUCAGAUAGAAACUGCAGCGGGAAAAAAUUUGAAAGCAUCUGGAGACAAGUCACACAAAGAUGUCAGUCAAACUCUUUUAAAAUCUUUCUACAACAAGAAGGAUGUUUGUCAGCAGUGUAUGUUCAUCAAGGUGUUACUGUGGCUGAGAUAGAAUUUUAUAAUCCUGAACAUGUAUCCAGGGCAGCGAAAUCGCAAGAAUUAAUAGCAUGUGCACUUCGGCAUGUACUGGGUCGCAAUCUUGAGGUCAGAAUCAAAUUUGUCCCAAAAUCAAUAAGAAAGGUGGCUAAAACAAAUAAAUCAACAUUUAGUUUGUUAAACUGUUCUGGGAGAAAGAAAGAAUUAUCACUUUCGACAAUAAGUGAUGAGGGUGAGAUUGACACAUCUGAAAUGAUAGAAAAUUCUUCCAAGAUUUAUUCAUCUCAUCACUCUCGGAAAUUUUCACCUUUCGCUUCACAAUCUGCUGGUGAUCAACUAGCAAAUGGUGUUGAGAUGAAAGAAAUGAUCAGCCCAACGACAGAUGAUAAUGCUCAUUAUGCUGAAUCAGAAGCAGCAGCAGAUGGGCAGGGCAAAGUGCAAAAAGAUGGAAAAGUUGAAGCAGAUCCCUCAGGAAAAUUAGGUGAAAUGAGUGAAUAUGUCAGAGUCCCAAAACCAGAAAUUCAACCUAAUUGCUUCCCUAGAAGGCUAAAGUUCCAAAGGAGGUUCUUCUCAUCUAAUACUGCUCCUACAAUCUGCUUGAGGAUACCACAGCAAAACAGAUCGGAACUAAGUAUCCCUGAUAAUGAAGCAUCUGAAACAUACUUUUGCAUGUAUGAUCCUUAUACUCAAAAUUCCAGCUCAGCUUCCCAUUUCACCUGCAGUUCCCGAGAAGAGAACAUAGCUUCCAAGGACUCGAAAGUCAGGCCAAAACUCUUCUGCUGGAAAAUGCCCAAGCCCCAGGCCUUUGACUGAAAGGCUACUGAUGCUUCUUGUUAAACUGCCUCCAACGGCAGAGCAUGGAGAUGAUACUUCGCCUUGCCUGAGAUGGUAAAGUCCUUCAACAAUAGUUGCUGAAAAUGUUCCCAGGAAUUUGCAUUGCUAUCAGUCUUGUGUACCACCCUGAAUUGAUGAACAAGACGACUGUGGAAUCAUAAUCAUCAGGCUUCAGCAUGCCCAUUGAAGAUCGAUCAAUGUUGUGGAGGCAUGAUCAUCUGGUAAUAUGAAGUCUUCUUACUUGAAAAGCUUAUUAAUUGGAUGCCUAGUAGUAACCUGUGGUGGCAAAAGAAGGCAUAAACAAUUAGCCACCAUUAUCUGAGUGAGCCCAAAUCUCUCAGUUGUAGGAUGAUUGGAUCCAUGAAUGAGGUGACAAUGCACUAACAUCUUAUGUUGGAUUAUCGGAAUAAUCUGUGCCUAAGAUCCUCACCAUAAACUCUCUCUUUAACUAAAAGACCCAUAUUCUAUCUCUA